AUGGAGGAUGAAUUUGAUAAUGAUAAACAUAAUGAAUCUUUUGGAGAUUCUCGUAUCAACCAAACUAGAACUUCUAUAAUCACAUUUAAUCGAAGAACAGUAACAAUAGAAGAAGAUAUCAGCAAAAACCCAGAAUUAGCAGAUUCAGAAGAUUUAAAUGGUAAUUUUAAACUUAGAACUUAAAAAAGUCAUAAGUCAGCCUGAUUCAAUUGUAAAUAUGCCUUUAAGACUACUUCUGAAGAUUACUGGGACUUUAUUUCAAAUUGCAUUAACUGUAUUUUCAUGUAUUAUUUAUGUUACUGGAACCUAUUACAGUGACAGCAGUGGCGUGUUUUCUACACUUGAAAUUGUGAUUGCGCUUCUUUUUACUGUAGAUUAUCUUUGAGGAUUUGUAAAUGCAAAAGACAAAAAAAAGUUCAUGCUGAAGCCGCUUAAUUUAAUUGAUUUGGCCGUUGUUCUUCCUAUUUUUAUUUCACUUGUGGGGGUAAUUUAUAUUCAGAACUCAAAUAAUGCUGAUACAUAUAUUCACAUUAGAUUUAUAACGCUUAACGUCCCUUACGGGGUCACCUGUCCCAGGGCUUCCGCCUGCCUUUCGCCGCAUCGGGCCCACCGGCCUCUGGGCCGACCAGUUUUGUUGCUCCAGGGCUCAUGAGUGAGCGAAUUCACUUGACAUGGGUUGCUUUUCCGAAAAUCCCAUAAAAAAUGGAUUUUCUGGUCAGCUGUCUGCAAAAAGGAAAACACGUAGCCUGGGACAUAACGCCCAGUUUCACGCUAGGGAGUUGCCCGAUUGGUCCUAACAGACUUGGCUGAGCUUCCCCUUUCCAACUUCCGUGCCUCCUUCCCCGCGAGGAAAAAUCAUCCCUGAAAAUAGGCUUGGGCUAGGCUCUGUACACAGCCAGAAUUGCUUACCUAGCAUUGCUGUCCCUUUCUGAAAUGUAAAACCUUGCCGGAUUUGAUUAAAAUAUGAGUUGAGGCUGCAUGGCCGGGAUGCCAUGCUUUAAUUAUCAAAUAAUGCUGAUACAGUUUCAGUCACAAAAUUAUUCAGAGUAAUUCGAGUUGUCAGAGUCUUAAGGUUGUAUAGAAUUUUUACUGUAUUUAUUACUUAGACUACUGUAGAUCCAAAAACAUUGAUAGAAAGGCCGCUUUUUGUAGCUUCUGAUGUCACUCGACAAAUUUUGAUUGCAAUAAUUUCAGUGUUUUCUUUAAUUUUUAUUUCAGCAGGAAUUGUAUUUACACUUCAGCAGACAUCGAGCUUUAAUAUAUCACUUCCAGUUGUAGGUGAAACAAUGACUUUUGACAAGGCGUUUUAUUAUAUUAUUAUUACAACUGGUACUGUUGGAUAUGGGGAUAUGGCACCAACAACUAAUCUUGCAAGAGCUUUUAUUGGAAUUUUUAUUAUUGUGGCUGUUAUUAUAAUGACUCAGCAAACAUCAAGAUUAGGAGAAUUAAUUAAAAGAAGCUCUCCUUAUAAAACGCCAUAUAAAACAGAUCCUGGAAAACAUGUAGUCGUUUCUGGAACUUUUAAUGGAAUUACUUUAUAUAGGUUUUUAACUCUUCUAUUGUGAGCAUGCAAAAUUUUUUUAGCCUUUAGGCUUUUUUUUUUAUGUUUAAAUUUAUUUUGCAAAAAAAUCCAAAUUUCACAUAUUUGAAUAUAAAUGUAUAAAAUAUAUGAGAUUUAUAAUAAUCAUAAAAUCUAUAAAUAAUCAUUGGUUAGAGAGGAAUAUUUAUCUCAAUAACUCUGCUGGAUCACAAAAUGUGGAGAGUAAGAGAAUUUUAUCAUCCAGACCAUGACAUGCCAAUGAAAAAAUGUAAAAUUUUAAUUGUGAGAAAUGAACAGCCAUCAAAAGAAAUUCUUUCCAUAUUGAAUCAUCCUCUAUACGAAGAAGCAGUUAGCUAUUUAGAAGCUGAUUUUAUGAACGAACAAACCCUAAUUGACGCUGCAGUUUCCAUAAGUAAAGGCGUAUUUAUCCUAACCAAUCAAUAUCAAGAUGAUAUUGGAGCUAGCGAUACUUACGCAAUUCUAGCAUCAAGUGCCGUUAAAGAGCACUCAAACGAGAUCCCAGUGUUUUUACAAUUAAUUAGACCCGACCUCUUAAUUCACCACUAUUGAGCUGGCUGGGAAACUGGAUUCAGUUCAUGAAAACUGAAGCUGUGUAUGUUAGCUGCCAAUGUAUUUAUUCCUGGCUUCAGCACUUUAAUGUCGAAUCUAGUCACAUCAAGCACAAAUACCAUGAAAAAGGAAGCUGAAAAUAACCAUUGGCUUUACGAAUACAUGAUGGGAUUAUCAAACGAAGUUUAUUUGACUCCUUUCCCCAAGCAUAUUUAUGGAGAAAAAUUUUCAGAAAUUGCCAAAAAUCUUUAUCUAAAGCAUAAUUCCUUACUCAUUGGUGUUCAAACCAAAAUGGCAGACCCAGAAACAUUGGAAAUUCAUUAUGAAAUUUUAUUAAAUCCUACUGAAUAUCAGAUCCAAGAAGACGAUAACGCGUUUAUCAUUGCUGCUGAUAUAGAAGAUGCCAGAGGUAUUGAAGACAGUACAAUUACUGAAGUCCAUGUUCCUGUAUUUAGCGACGAAAUAUAUGCUGAAUUUUCUCAAUUUAAAACUCCAAUAACAAAAAAGAGCGUCUGCAGAGACCUUGAAGAAAAGCAUUUGAUAAUGUGGGAGCAUGAUUUAAGAGGCUCAUUGUGGGAUCAUAUUUUAAUAUUCGGAAGAAUUGAACAUUUGGAAAUAUUUUUAGAUAUUUUUACAAAAAUCACAGAGCAGACUAUAUGCUAUGUGUCAGAUCAGCCUCCAGAUGAGCGAUGAGAAAGGAUUAAUCAGUCAUAUAAAGAAGCUUUUUAUCUAGAGUGCUCUUUAAUUGAUGUAGAAGAGCUGUCACAUACAGCUAUAAAUUUUGCCUAUCAUGUAAUUCUUUUAAGUACAAGAAUUUCAGGCUCAGCUAUGGAUGAUAGCGGAAUCUUACCUAUCGUCAAUAUUAUUGAAGGAAAUUUUAGCUGUAAAUUCACAGUUGAAUUAGUUGAUGAAAUCAAUAUGAAAUACCUCGAAAAAAAGCCAUCAAUUGAGCUUGAAUCAAUGCCUUUCAUCACUUAGAAAUAAAAUGAUGGAAAGUGGACUCCAAGGCGCACUCCUUAUGGAACGAUAGAACCCAUCCUGAUGAAGCUGAAAACAGAGCCUCUAUGCUCUUUUGAAGUAAGCUUUCAGGCUUGGAGAUACAUUGCCAAAGGAAAGUUUUGUUUCUCACCUGAAGGUUUUCCUGUCCCUGCCAGAUGGGCUAGACAAGUUUUGCCUAGUACAUGAUCUUUUCUAUUAGGAAGCAUAGGGGCAUCUCACAGACGAUGGCUCUGCCCGAGGGAACUGAGCCUUGGUAGGUGCAUAAGGUCGAAAACCUAAAGGACAACCGUUAAGAGCCAAGGUGGGCAAUGGCUAGUGGCUAGAUCCACUUAUGGAUAGCAUAAUCGGUUAAGUAAGUUUCAUCACUUGGCCAAGAUAUGCAGCUUCUCACGUAUUUCUUUCAAGUACCUUACUCUCCCAUCCUUUAUCAACUGCAUUUUGUAAAAUUUGGGAAAAUUAACCUCCAUCCUUGAUCGAACAAUUUUCAUACAGUAAAAUAAAACUCACUCCCCUUGCCCAUCUCAAAUCUAACUACCUAUCUGUAUAUUAAUGAAUAAGAGGUUAUACCGUAUAUAAUCUUUCAUACGCAAUUUCAUUGCGAUUCCUAGAUAUAGAAAUUUCCCAUAGAUGACGCAGUUUGCCCUUGAUUUUGCCCACUGAAAAAAAUUUUUUGGUUUCGACCAGUACCAUAUGGUUUGGUCACACCAAAAAAUUUUUUCAGUGGGCAAAUCAAGGGCAAACAAUGCCAUCUAUAGGAAAAUUCUAUAUUUGUUAAUAUAUUGCAUACUCCACUUUUGUGGCUAGCAUAAAAUAUUUAUAUUGAAAAUUUUCAUUUAAUAACAAAUUUUUGGCGAUCUAAUGAUGGGAGUUAGAUUACAUUAUCGCUCAAGGCUUUCAUAAUAACUAUAUCAUUGAUCUAAUCCAAAGACUAAUAAUUUAUGAAGAUAUUUAUGCAGAAACUGGGAUUGAUGAAAACUAUCAAAUAAAUUCAAUUGACCUCCCUAUCUCUUUGAGUGGGAGAAUCACAUUUGGAGAAAUAUUCAUAUAUUUCAUAAAUCUGCCGAGACCAGUCAUCGCAUUAGGAAUAUACCGUGGCGUUGGAUAUCUAAACAACGAAGUUCCAUAUGUCUAUACAAAGCCGGAUCCAAAUACUCCACUUUUUGAAAAUGAUAAAAUCUUCGUCAUGGGAGAAUUAAAUAAUCGCGAAAAUAGCCCUUUCCUUCAAGAUGUCAGAAGAAAAAAGCGAAAAGACACGAUCAUUGACCUCGGCAGAAAGAAAUCACUCACUAAAGCAGCCCAAAGCUUGCUUGUAAGAAAAGAAACUGCGGCCGAGAACGCAAUCAAACUAAUAGAAGAAGAAGAUAAGGACCCAAACCAAAUGCUUGAAGACGAAGUUAUCAUGGAGAUGGUCAGAAACUUCCUCUGCAAAACUAGAAACGAAAGAGAUAUAAUAAGGGUACUUUUUAUUUAGAAACAAAAUGAAACUCUGCUAAAUCUCGCCAACGAGUACUCCUCAGUCCAAAAACUCCUUUUAGGCUUCAACUCAGCUGAACUCGACUCUUCUUCAAAAUCCCUUGAAAGCCCUUAA